CUCCCGUUGUGCUAGAUCUUUAGCUUCAGUUUGUUUAGAUGUAACUUCUGCUAUAUCUUUCUCAAAGUUCGACCACUCUUCGUCUAUCGCGGUAUUGUUACCGGUACUGGUUUUGUCGAAAAAAUCAACUGGGAGUAUAGGUGUACCUUUAUCUUCUUCUCGAAGAGAAUGAUCUUCCGUUUUAUCUUUUAAUAACGGUUCAUUUUGGUUUUUGUCUCUUGGCGCUUCUGUUUCUUGUUUUUUUACGCGUUUUGGAGUAGCCGAUUGAAAACGAUCAGCGCGUUUUCGAGUAUUUGUUCCAUUUCUCUGUAAUCGAGCCUGUUUCAAUAGUUCUCUUGCAGAAGACAUAUUUUUAGAACAGGAAUGAAGCUGCAGAACUCACCAAAUAGUGAUUCUAUAGAAAUUAUACUCUCUAGGGCGGCGACUAAAUUUGGCGACUCACUGAAGGCGCGUCCCGACACAACAAAACCUUUCAAGAACAAAACACUCUAAUUGUGCAUUCUUGGGAUCGAAAAACCGUUAAAAACAUUUUCUGUAACAAAAGAACUCCCCAUAAUUAGUUUGUGCGUCUUUUUGACGACAGAAAUGGAUGAUAUUGAUUUCAGUAUAAACGACUUUCCUAUCAAUAACAACGUUGAUGUCUUGUUCAGUCAUUCAGAGUUUAAUGAUCAAUUGGGCCAAAACAUUCCCAAACGCGAAAACAACCCGUCAUCGUAUUCAGGCGACGUAACCAGAUGCAUCUGUGGUUCCGCUACGGACAAUGGUGAAACCUUUGUUCAAUGUGAUGGCUGUGACAAUUGGCAGCACGCUAGCUGCAUGGGCUUAAAAAGUGAUGCUCUUCCUGAAAAAUACUACUGUGAAUUAUGUCGACCAGACCUUCAUCCAGAGCUCGUAUAUAGGCAAAAGCAGUAUCAACAGGUCGACAUUUUGCCUCAAGAAACUACCUCUGACAGUCUCGUGAACGAGUUUUUAAAUACCGAGCAGCUUGUUGAUGAUAAUAGCCGUAAAAGGAAAGCAAACGAUUUUACUCCUGAGGGGACAAUGUUUCCAUUAGGCAUCGCACCGGUUAAUACAGUUGCUGAUCCUGUCCCCUCUAUUCCAGAUUCGAUACAGGUAUUCGCUCCAACACAAACAGAUCUACCGGUUCCUCCCCCUCCCUCUGUUUCUGAUAUGACUUCUCAAGACAUUGUACAGAAUAGUGAUACUUUACCCUCGUACGUCAACAAUAAACGAAGCAAGUCAAAUCCAAAACCAACAUCGACAUCUGCGCCAACUCCUGCUAUGGAUCGAGAUUUGCAGGAGUUUACAAACAUUGAAGAAAUACCAAACAAGGUCCGGCAGAGUGUUGCUAAAGCAUGGCUAUCAGCACUGAAGUCGAUGGUAGAAAAAUGCAAAACGGAGAGUGCGAAUCUCAAAUUCCCCGAUUUAGUCGAAUUUGCUCUCCAGUUGGAGCGUACAAUGUUUAUUGAAUUAUCUUACAAAAUUGACGGAAACGCAAUUCCUAAUAAGGCGUAUCGAGACAAAUUCCGGAAUAUUAAAUUCAAUUUGACGGAUGAUAGGAAUCCGCAUUUACGUGCUAGUUUAUUCAAAGGUGAGAUUACACCUGUGCAACUUGUGCACAUGACGAGCGAGGAAAUGGCAAAUCCUGACCUUAAAGUUUUUGCUGAACAAAUCCGUCAACAAAGCACAGAAAAUACCAUUUUAAAAGAACACCAUAUUCCAAAACCAAGAAAAUAUGAGGAUGGGGAAACUGAAGGUGAUAAAGAUUUAAAGGAGGAGAUGUCACCGGCCAAAAGUGGAACACAGAAACGGUCAGAACAACCAUACGAACCUAGUCGUGUAGGUUCCCCAGAAUCAGAAAGCCAACAAAAAGAAAAUAUCUCCUCGGAAGGCUCGCGCUCUGACGGACAGUCUGCUGCAGACUCUUCAAAGGAGGGAAACUCUCGCGAUGCAUCUUCGCAGCCCCUCACUCCUAAGGUUUCACACAAGGAAACACUCGCAACUGUGAAUCCGGCGGACCUCGUUGAAAUCGACGACCCUAACAUUGCAGACAUUUUGUCUGAUGAUGGCUCCACACAAACACCUCCUUAUUCUCCAACGGAUCACAGUCCUUUGUUUUUGAAUGAAAAUGCUAUUUGGGAAGGCCGCAUAAAAAUGGCUUCUGUGGCAGAGUUUCCCGCAAAAGGAAUUCAGGUUGCUGGCUCACUCAUGGAUUCCACACUUACGAAUGAAAUAUUAUCCUCUACUGCUUCACUUGAUGGGCGCAUUAGCAUGGAAUCUACUCUAAAAUAUCUUCAGGCCCUACAGCAUAGUCCUUCGAAAGACAUUCUUGCUAUGGUGUUCCUUCCUACGAAUUCAGACACACAUGGCUUUGACACGUUGUUUGAUUACUUUCUGAAACGCAAUCGCUACGGGGUACUACGUUCAAAGUCUCCAAAAGUUAAGGACGCAUAUAUUGUUCCACUUAUGCCAAGUCCCGGUAAGCCUCCCGAAAUCCUCAAAUACCUCCCUAAUUCCUCUUUUCCUGCGGACUUUAAAGAGCGUGUACUGCUUGGUCUAUUCAUUAUCAACAAAACUAAUACCGUGCCUGUCACACGAGAUGGGAAUUUUGGAAAAGAUACAGGUGCUUCUUCUGUUUCUCAGCAAAACACUCCGUCCGUAGCACCCAAAGCCUUCAAUAAUCCCCCUUCUCUAGUACCCACUGGCACGUCAAUUACUUCGGAUUCCAGUUCCUCUUCUCAUGUCUCUGAUGUGAUGACUCUGUUUACACCGGCAGAUUGUCAUUUUUUAAAAAUGCUAUUAGAAACAGAUCAACAAAUCAGGGCCAAUCCAUCACUGGCGUUUAAUCCUAGUUUCUUACAAAAAUUAGUAGCUGAACAUAUUAAGUUGGCUCAUUACCCGCAGUUAUCCUAAAGCCUGUGUUACUAUAGUAUGAAUGAGCUUCAUUAGUGUUAUUCAUAUGCUCCUAUCAUGAAGGUUUCGGUCGUUUCGGGAAAAGGCCGUUAGCCAUUGGAUAAAUGGAAUUACUAUAUAUUCUAAUGAAAUGAUUCUAAAAUACA